UUAUAGCCUCAAAUAAACCUUAAAACAACUCAAUUAGUGUUAACGUUAGGCCCACUAAAUACAAGGGGUCCGCGAAUUCCCCACGCUUUCACUACUGAAUUCGUUCCAAUAAAAGGCCCAAAAAACUUGACCAAUUCUCACAAAUCCAAAUUAAGAAACCUGAUUCUUGUUGCAUGGCCAAUCGUCCCAAUGUACGUCACCAGGAACAACCACCAAACCCUUUAAUUAUACCUAGCCCACAUGAAAAUAGUGAACAACCCUUCCCGUCACCCACCACCACCGACUCUCCGUCCAGACGACACCCAGUCUACAGGGGAAUCAGAUUGAGGAGCGGAAAAUGGGUGUCAGAAAUUCGAGAACCGCGUAAAACUACACGUAUAUGGCUUGGGACGUACCCCACCCCAGAAAUGGCUGCCGCAGCAUAUGAUGUCGCUUCUUUGGCUUUGAAAGGGCCCGACACCGCCGUGAACUUUCCGAAUUUAGUUUCCACAUAUCCACUGCCUACUUCUCAAUCCCCUGCCGAUAUUCGAGCUGCAGCUGCUAGUGCUGCAUCAGCCAUGGCACCGCCGCAGGAAGAGGGUGGGGACCAGGCGGUACCGCCACAAACCCAGUCUGAAAAUGAAGUUAUGCAAGACUUUGUCGACGAGGAGGAACUUUUGAACAUGCCGAAUUUGCUGGUGGACAUGGCAGAGGGCAUGCUUGUGAGCCCACCUUGGAUGAAACCAACUGGAGACGAUGAUUCGCCGGAAAAUUCAGAAAACGAUAACCUUUGGAGUUAUCAUUGAACAUAUAAUCAGUAAAAGAAUUGCAUGAUCGAUUGUAUAAUUGGGAUAAUAGUAAAGCCGUGUGAUUCGACCAAUUCCUCCAUGUUGGUUUGGACCCUUUUACUUUUUUCUCACUUUUCUUCAGCUUCAUUGUAUGUGUUGGAGCUGAUUUUUCAUUAUUAUUUUCUGUGGGGUUUUAAAGCCUCUUGUUGGGCAUGGUCCUGUUGGGCAUGGGUUGUCGUGGGUCGGAAAGGGGGUUGCUAGGGUUAAUUUAAUGAGCCUGUAUUUGUAUUAAUGAGCUGAUCAGUACGUACUUGUUUGGCCUUAAA